AUCGGGUAUCAACUCUACAAUAUUAAUUGCAGCCAAAAAAGUUGCUAAAAUCGAAUCCUUACUGUAGCUGUGAAUGUUCUCUCCAUUACAAUAAUUAGAACUCGCGUCGAUUGAUUAUUCGUGUUUUUCCUCGCCCAGACCUGAAGAAAAUGUGUUGAAAACAAACAUGAAAAGUCAUACUCAUUCAUAAAUUAUGCAAAAAGGUGAGCUCUUUGAGCUGAAUGAAGGUAUUGUACGGGCAGUGUGAUUCAGUGGCUACAUUCCCAGGUGAUAUCGACUGACCAUUUCCGAUCAAUUCACCGUAACCGCCACCAUUCAGUCCUGAAAUGCCAGAGGAAGACAAACCGAGUCCGAUCCCGGACUUGCCGCGUGGACCGCUCUGCGAGUAUCGCCAGCGGGCAAAGUUCAGCUGGAAGGCCCUCAAACAAGUCCUGGAAGAUCCCAACGUCAUUCGGAUUAAGUACGAUGUUUGGCAAAAGUUGGAACGCGAACCGCUGUUCGCUCCGCUCACCAACACGUUGCCGGUCGACCAGCAGAAGGAACGGGCCGCAAAGCAGGUCAAACGGAUCGCCGAGCUCAAGCUGGACCCGCAGGAGAUCUACUCGAUGGACUACAAGUACCGAGUGCGCUAUCUGAUGAGCAUCAACGAGGCGCUGCACGCGGUCUGUCCCAGCAUGUCAGUUAAGAUCGCCCUCGGAGUGGGACUGUUCACGAACGCGCUACUCGCGAUGGGUUCCGAACGGCACUCGGCCAUCUACAAUGCAGCGUGGAAUCGGGAGAUCAUAACCUGCCUCGCCAUCACUGAAGUUUCCCACGGUAGCAACACGAAGCGAUGUCGCACAACGGCCACGUACGACCCAAAGACGCAAGAAUUCAUCAUCAACACGCCAGACUUUGAAGCCGCCAAGUGUUGGGUUGGCAACCUGGGCAAAACUGGUUCGAUGGCGUUGCUGUUUGCCAUUCUGCACACAAGUGACGGUCAAAAUCACGGACUGCAAGGAUUUCUAGUUCCGAUUCGGGAUCCAACAACCCUGCAACCCUACCCCGGGGUCAUCGUGGGCGACAUUGGCGAAAAGAUUGGCCUCAACGGAAUCGACAACGGGUUCGUGAUGUUCAACAACUACCGGAUACCGCGGGAGAACAUGCUGAACCGAGCCGGGGACGUAACGCCGGAAGGUACCUACGAGAGCACCUUCACUGAGCCGGGCAAGAUCCUGGGCGCCGUACUGGAAUCGUUCUCCGCGGGCCGGCUGGGCAUCAUGCAGGAAUCGUCCAACACGCUGUCGCACGCCGCCGUCAUUGCCGUCCGCUAUGCAGCACUUCGCAAGCAGUUUGGCCCGGAAAAGGACGGACCGGAACAGUCAAUCAUGGAGUAUCAACUGCAUCAAUGGCGAAUCUUCCCCUACCUCGCCGCAGCCUGCGUACUUAAGGCUUCAGUCUUUUCCCUCACCGACAUCUACCUGGCGACGGUGCAAAAGUCCCAGAAAGACUCCAACGGGUUUGAGCUGCUGUCGCAAAUCGUGUCCGAGCUGCACGCCCUGGUCUCGUCCUCCAAACCACUCGUUACGUGGACCGCGCGGGAUGCCAUCCAGGAGUCGAGGGAGGCUUGCGGAGGUCACGGCUACCUGCGGGCUGCAAAUCUCGGCGAGCUGCGCAACAACCACGAUCCCAGCUGUACUUACGAGGGCGAUAACAACGUGCUCGGCCAGCAGGCGUCCAACUGGUUGCUGCGACAGUGGAAGGCGGCCAAGGUGGAGAGUCCGGUGGGAACGGCCAACUUUAUCGAGCGAAGGGAGGCUAUUCUGGGGAGCAGCUUUGACGCGAUUGUUCGGGCGAGUGGGGGCGCGGUGGAAAGUGCGGAAUUCAUCACCAACUGCUACGAGUGGCUCAUGUGCUGGCUGCUACAUUCGACAACCGAGCAGCUUCAGCAUGCCGAUAAAGACGGAACCGACCGGUUUAAGGCACGAAAUGACUCGCAGGUGUAUCGUGCUCGAGAUCUGAGUCGUGCCUAUUCCGAAUACUACGCCCUGGAAUGCUUCAGAAAACGCUGCCUACGCGAAGAUAUCGCCGAAAACCUGAAACCAGUCCUGUCCAACGUGUAUCUCAUCUACGGCAUGUGGUGCAUCGAUCGUCACCUGGCCACCUUCUACGCGGGUGGCUUUGCCGUUGGACCACGCUUUGCCGAUGCCAUUCGGAGUGCGCUGCUCGGAGCCUGUGGCCAGCUGAAGGACUCGGCCGUGGCCGUCGCUGAUGCGAUCGCCCCACCCGAUUGGGUGCUAAACUCUGUCAUAGCAAAGUCCGACGGGCGGCUGUACGAGAACAUUCAGAACGUCAUGAUGACGAAUCCGGGGGCGAUGGAGCGUGCCUCCUGGUGGAAGGACAUCGUUCCGAGCAAGAUGAAGGCCAAGUUGUAAGGGGUUUGCGCUGUGCUGAGAGAAGAAAAUCGAAGAAAUCGAAAACCUAGGAUAACCGAUCAAGUGUGUAAAUGAGUGUCUAUAGUGCAAUCAAACCCUUUGUACAGUAUUCGAGCGUCCCCCGUUUCCAGCCCCACCAAUAGUGACGUGCACAAUUCCAACCGACAACGACUUUGUGCGAGAAAAGUCUAUGACUUCCUUUCCUGUAUCAACCGGCACCGUUGAGAAAUGGUGCGUCAAUCAUAAAACAUGUGUCUUAUCUUAAAGAAACCUAGAUAUUUAUACGAACGUAAAUAAAAUAUUAGUGACCAGAGUAGAAAACCCCGUUCUAUAUCUACACCUAAAGAGACUUGAAGCAUUUUAAUGUUGAAUGUAUGUUUUAUCGUAGAGAACGCGCGACUAAAUGUUCCCUUAUACUUGUUGUCAGUUAGUUGCUCGAGUGUGUAUGAUACUAUUGAAUCUAUAAAACAAAUCUAUUUACAUGCUAUUACAUCCUUACUGUUACUGCAGAAUAAAUGUUUUCCUGUUUCUUCCUCUACAAGAGGUUUACCAUAGUGCUGAUUAUUGAUAUUUUAACUACACGAUUGCUUUAUGAACAGAUUUUCCCCAGGAAGAAAGAAAAACUCUGUAUAAUUUAUCCUUAUCCUUUAUUAAUGUGUUCCAUAUUACCUAAACGCAUAAAAGCACUUCUGAAUCUGACUGUGUGAAAAUAUUGCUCAUAUUGUUCUUCGAUAUGAGAUAUCUAUGAUGUCAUGUUGAGCGUUUACCUUAAGCAAAUAAAACGAUGUGUACACUGAA